GGUGAAUUCCAUCUUCGAUCCCUUCUACAACGAUCCCGCGACAAUCCGGACGACGACGAGCAGCGGAUCUGUAUGGUUCAGCAUAUCGCACCGUGUGCCGUUUGUCGCUAUUCGUCGUGACGGGCUCCUUGUUACGGUAUCCGGAUCAGUAGCCUUGGACAUCAACUCAGGCCUACACUGACGCCGCAUAUCAACAGCCUGUAGCCCGUAUAUUGCUUGUCAGGCCAUAUCCGGGUACCUAGGCCAGGAAGUGAGGAUAUACACGCAGCAGCGACGCUGGCGGUGACGAACGUAUGGCAUCGAGCAGCUCGCCGGACAUCAAGGGGGCCGCCAAGUCGUCGCGGUUUUCAACGCUCAAGGUCUUCAAAUUACACAAGAAGGAAAAGGAAUCCUCACUACCGCCGCUACCACCACCAAAAGAUUCGUAUUAUCUGAAUAACCGGUCCCUGGCUUCAUUAUCUCCGGAUUCUCUUUCGCUACCAGGCUCCCCUCUUUCUCCUCCCUUUCAGUACCCGUUUGCGCCGAGGAAGCAAUCCACUUUUCCACAACCCAAUAGCUCCACUAUGUCGCUCAUAUCGUCUUCAGCCUCCGCCAUGUCCUAUACGCCUGAGCAGGGCCAGCCUUUAGGCCCCAAAAGGUCGGGCUUUUUCAGGUUCGCCAAACGGAGUCCAAAGUCGCCAUCAGUGAAGAGUUCCGUGAAGGAUGAGACGUCAACGCUCCAGUCGUUUGAUUCGAAUGACGAAGGCAUCUCUAUGCCAUGGAACUUUCAGCAUAAUGUCCAUGUGGAUGAGGCGUAUGCCGGUCUUCCGCCGUCAUGGGCAGCAAAGCUAGUUGAUGCAGGAUACUCGGAGGAAGAGAUGGCUGCAAUACAAGAAGCACGUCGAACGGCAGGUACACGGUCUCCGGCAUCACAGUACUUAUUUUCGGACCGACCUCGAUCUCCAGCAAACGAUACUUCAUCUACGCGUAACGCAUCCAUCGUUACACGACCUUCCCCCAGGACUACCUCGCUUCCUCGUCAAUACUCGGACGCUUCCCUGAGUAAGAAAAAUCACCAAAGGUCUUCACCAUCAAAUGGCUCUAUAUCUUCGAAUCACACCACGCCGAGUAAAAGUCCACCUGCGCCCAUUAAUAUCUGCACAAGGAAGCCGGUGCCGGGUUCGUCACGAAUACGAAACGAUUCGGGAGCGUCUUCAGCAUCAUUGUCGAUAUCAAUAAACUCUGACCCACAUCAUCCUGAUGUCCACGAGUCUAGUCCACCGGUCAUGGCAUCGCCUGCAGGGGCUGACUCCGGAAUAUCUUCUACCCCACCUAGACGAACGUUUCACGUUACAAACGGCUCACCAUCCAUGCAGUCUCCGCCCCCUUCCUAUUCCAAGUCCUGGCUUACCAACAACGGAUAUCCGGCUGACAAAAAGGACCGCACCCUGUUUGAGUCUUCACCCCACUCAACACCGCCUUCAUCAUUUCCUGCACCUCCGUUAGACUCCGAACCUCUUCGCCAUAGAUCACAACACAGCGUCGAAAGUGUGGCUUCACGCGACGCAUCAGUGUCUUCUCACGUCAGUUCAAAUUCGUCACAGUCCUCGGCCAAGGAGAAACGGCGGUCGAAGCGAUUCACCACAUUACCGCCUCGAUUAUCAUUGCAUGCUCAUGAGAUUUCUGAUCUUUCCUCAUGGUCAGAAGCGCUGAUAUCCGCUAUACCGUCUGACCUCUCAAGUUCAGAUAGCGGGCCUCCUUCCGGUUCAUCUACGUUUGCUACAGCCGGGACGGAGCGUUCAACUGCUGUGUCCUUGUCUGGGUCAUCCUCGUGGCGCAGUUCACCAGGUAGUGAAAGUAAUAUGUUGAGCGCAAGAAGCGACGUAGGACCGUCGAGUGCAUCGUCUCAAAUAUCCACCUCCCGACCCCCCCCUCCAAAGAGAACACCACCUUCUGUACCCUCGCCGAGCAGGCCAUCUCCUCCUUCUCGUGCCAUUCCACCGGUUGUCAUCAAUGGUGAUCAUGACGAAGAUGAACGAUCACUAUCACCUCCGCCUACCGCCGCCACCUCGUCCCUUAGUCCACGUUAUGGUGAGCCGCUGUCGCCUGCCUCUGUGCAGUCGUGGGGUGAAUUAUCGGGUGUUCUCAGCAGGAGCGGCAAGUUAAGUCCUGAUCCCAAGUUCUGCGCCCCCGCAUUGAGUGAAAAUCAUUCCCCGACGCUACUUUUGACGCCUGGAACCACUGAUACGAAAAAGGUUGAGGAUAAGGUACGGAGCGGCUGGUUAGAUGAUGAUGAAGAUAAUCGCAGCUUCUUGAGUGCUGAAGACGGCGAUCGGGAGAGAGAUUCAAAUCGCUAUUCGAGUCAGAGCAGUGCGUCGACGAUGUCUACUGCUACCGUUACGGCGUCAACAGUUAUUAGAAGCGCAUCGGUGGCCAGGUGUGCGGUAGCUAAUGUGAUGGGGAAGAAUAAGCCCGCUCCGCUACCGAACAUAGGUACAAGGGAGAAGAAGGAAGAUGACAAGGGCUUUCUACCAUCGCCUACAGCAGCCGACUUCAUGGGUAUUCGAUCGCGAUCUCCAAUGGGCAGACAACUUGGUUCACCUCUCAGUUCUCAUUUCGAGAGUGAAGAAGGAUCUGGGUCUGGGUCGUCGAGUUCACAAUCUCAAGAGAACCAGACACCAACGACAGAUGCUGAUCCUGCGUUGUACUGGGAAGAAUCAUCUCCAGAUCCGAACAAGACGUCGUUCGAGCCUGACCCGCGUGUGGUGCUUUCCAGGUCGGAUACAUUCGGUGGUGUGCACAAGGAGGAAGUGUUGGCGGCGGAAGAAGAAGAGGACGAUGAGCUCGAUGACUUUGAGGAGGAGGCCGAAAUCGAGCGUGUAACAUCGACGCGGCCUACUAUUGUUAUCCACAGUGCAAGAGCUUCUUUGGCUCCGAUGACAUCGCUUGCAUCUGCUGGCACGACACCGAUUUCUGCUCAACGGUAUCGCGGGUGGCUUUCCGAGGUCGUACGCCCGCUGGAGGAGUUCAUCGAUGAGCCUGUCGAUCCCAGGGAGGUUUAUCUUAAUUUGCAAGAGAUUGCGGAAGGCGAGAGUGGCUCGGUGUAUGCAGCCACCCUCGCGGAUGAUAAAGCACACAAGCUAAAGCUACCGCCCCUUAUCAAAGCGCAGGAUAAUGAUAACGCACAGAACGGCAUCAAAACGCUUGUGGCCAUCAAGAGCGUAGCGAUUCUCCCAUCCGGAUCGGAGAAGCUCGUUGAUCUGGAACGCGAGCUGAAGCUGCUGAAGGGUCUGAUGCAUCCGAAUGUCCUCGGUUUGGAUGCGUUGUAUGUGGAUCUUCAGGAAGAUUCUUUGUGGAUACGGAUGGAGCUAAUGGAGAGGAGUUUGGCGGAUGUAAUUGGGCUGGUGACUGAAGGCUUGAUGCUACAGGAGAGAAUGAUAGCACGUUUUGCGAGUGAUGUGUUGGAGGCGCUUGUGUAUCUUCAAUCACACGGUAUUGCCCACCGGGAUGUUCGGUCGGAUAAUCUGCUCCUCAAUAGUCACGGGAUACUCAAACUGACCGAUUUUUCCAAUGCCAUUCAGGCCACUUCCCAGUCAACAUGUUCUGAUCCUGUCGGAGUCUUGUACUGGCAAGCUCCGGAAGUGCGAUGUGGACCUUACGAUCCCCUCAAAGUGGACGUAUGGUCACUAGGAGCGACUGUAUGGGAGAUGGCUGAGGCCGAACCACCGUUCUUCCAAACGUCGGAAGUUGAGGGCCGCUGGCCGCCGUUGACUCAUCCAGAAGUGUAUUCACCAGCUUUCCGGGAAUUUCUACGUGCAUGUUCUGAUCCUCCUGUGACGCGACCUUCUCCUGCAGAAUUAGCCAAGAGUCCCUUUAUUAACAACUCAUGCGGCCGUCCUGUCAUCAUACAGAUAUUAUCCCAGUGCAUGGCUAUUGAAGAGAUAAUACAGGAGCGGGAUCUAUCACCUCAACCAUAGCAUAUACCCAUCUACCCCCUUGGUUAUACAAUAAUAUCUUAUUCAUCUCAUAAACCAUUUAUGUUUCCUGCUACGCUUUCCACUGCAUUUUUUAGGUUUAAGGACUCUCUCGCUACCAUAUCAUUUUCGUCUUCGCUACAUUCCGCAAUGAAAGUUGAUGUCUCUGCCACGAAUCCUAUAAGUUUUCCACCAUGCAUCUGCCACAAUGUUUUUG